AUGACACCACCUCCAGACCCCACCCCACACCUCACCUCUCUUCAGCGCGAUGGCUUUGUCGUAAUCCCCGAGCUUCUCUCCCAGUCUCAGCUCAAGGCAUUGCGCGCCGCCGCCUCGCACGCUGCCGACCUGGGCCGCAGCGGGAAAUGGCCGCAUAUCCGCACAGUCCCAAAGCAAUUCCCGCCAUGGCCCUCAACCCCCCCACCAGCCCAAGAGGGUGGAAUCUGGGGAGUGCAGCAUCUCAUGCACCCCGAAAUGCCUGGGCGCGAUGAAUUCGCGAAGCUCUAUUUUUCUCCGCGUGUGCUCGAGAUCGUAGAGGAAUUGGUCGGCGUCAAAAAGACCAAACCCGGAUCAAAAGCGGAAUCACCACAGGAAGAAGAGCAAGAACAAGAACCACUAACCAUGGAACUCCUCAACCUGCUCAUUUCCCCCACAUAUGUCCCAUUCGCCCUGCGCUGGCAUCGCGAUGAAAUACCCACUCCACCCACGCUCAGCGCUGAGGAUGAGCUGGCUGCCCUUAUGCAGAAGUCCCCGCCUGAUCGCCCGGCGUCGCAUGCCCAGUACAAUAUCCCCCUGUACGACGAUGCGUCACUCAUUGUCGUUCCGGGGUCGCAUCGACGGGCGCGCAAGCAGGUAGAGCGCGAGGCAGAUCCCUAUGAGGAUAAUCUACCCUGUCAGAUGGUGGUGGAAUUGCGGCCGGGGGACGCGGUGUUCUACGAUAGUAAUAUUUGGCAUAGAGGAGUGUAUGAUGGUGUUGACCCGGAUGUUAAGGGGGAAGAUGGGGUGGUGCAGGGGCUGAGAUUGACCAUUCAUGGAAGUGUAGGGCUGGCGGUUGGCAGUGGCGAUGGUAUUGGGGGGGAAGAAGGGAAGAAGGCGAAUGCCAGAGCCAAGGUGGUCUUGCAGCAUGGGGUAGGGUUUUGGGUUAAUAGAGAGGAUGCCUCGUUUAAUGGGUUGGAUGCUGAUGUUAAAAGGAGGGCAGAGAGGAUGCGGAAGAGGCUUAUUGAGAUGGGAAGUGGAGAGGGGAUUGGGUAUGCCCUUGAAGGAUAG